AUGAAAGCUUCCGUGCCAUCUUCUUCAUCGGGCUUCUCGACUGGCGCUCACUCAGAAAUGAGCCUUGGCGGUCAGGCUCAUGCAAUGUCGUUUGUCCCUCCUGGGCUGACUGGUCCUCGCGCCUGGUUCCUAAUGGCCGUGGCUGCUGCCAAUACAAUGAGGCUAAAUUUUCGCCAAAAGCAGACUGACAUUGGACUCCUGCCAGCAGCAGGCGCAGCUUCACCGCCGUCUCGUUCUUCAGCAACGGUCGCUUUAGGAGCAAGUCGUCGGGCGGACUCUGUGCCUAUCGGUAGGCAAAAUUAA